AUUCCCAUCAUCCUUUGCUACUGGUCCUGCUACAUAGGGAUGAUGGGAGUUGUAGUCCAAUCACCGCGGGAGACCCAGGUUUUAAAGCCAUGCAGAUAUUGAAUUAGAUAGAUCAGCGAGCCUUCCUGGCACUAUUUUUUAUUUCUUUGUAAAGGAUGAGUGGGGAAUCAAAGCCUUCCUAUAUAGAAACCGUUUCCCCAAAGACGCCCGCCGUGGGUCCGGGUACCCCAAGCGAGCGGGGAAGCGAGGCUCCUUUUUGGCGCAGGAACCGUAGCAUCCCGGAGCAUCUCUCCUUGGAAGCAAGUCCCGGAGCUCCACGAAGCUUGCUCCCAAAUAAUUGGAUCGCAAGCGUUUUAAAGCUGCGUUCCUAUGCACAGUUUAGCCCGGGAAGGAGCGCCGCGCGGGACCUGAAAGCAAUAUGCAUGCUGAAUGCUUCUUCAGGGAAGGGAGAACUCGAACCCAGAGCCAGGCGUGCUCGGUAGGAGCUGAGCCCCGGGACUGGUACUCUCGGCGGGUUUGCAGCCGUUGGCGCCUCUCCUGCGCGAGAGAGAGUCCGGAUCGCGCGUGGGGUCCGAGGAAAGGGUUGCCCUCAAGCGACGGGACGGGUCGAGAGCUUUGCUCCCUUAAGGAAAAUGGCUCCCCGGGACGCAGCCGCUGGUUCCCUUUCCUGUUCACGCAACUUCCCGAGACUCCGCUGCGGGUUGCGAGUCGGAGGGAGCGCGAGAAUGGCGCAAGUCAUCCGGAGGACGCUGGAGUGGAUCUACUCGCUGAUUCUUCUCACCAUUGUAUUGCUUUCAUGGGGAUAUGUCAUUUAUGCAACACGAAUAGCAGCCAAAUGGCAGCUGAAGGAAGACUACCCUGCAGAAACACAGAAUCUGUGAGAUAUUCAGCAGCAAAACAUCCCCACAGGCCAUGCAGCAAUGUGAAGAUAUCCACAGUUGUUUUAUUGCGGCUGGAAUGAGUUGUGAAAAUCUGAAUUCAAAGAUAGCAAGAAGAUUUACAAAAAAAAUAAAAAAAUACUGAAACUUCUCAAAUCAGGAUUAAAGCAAGAAAACACCAGGAAGGAAUUUAUGUUCUUAGUCAAUGAAAAAGAAUGUUCUCUUUUCACAUGCCUGUUUCUGCUAACAUCAACUAAGAAGACAACUUUUAGAGUUCAGAUCCCUUCCAUUUCACUGAUUCGGAUACAUUUCACUUCAAGCAUGGGGCUUUAAGUUGGCAUCCUAAAAGAGCCUGUUUUAAAUAUCUGGAUCACUUCUGAACAGAUUUUAUCAGCAAACCUGAUUUAUCACAUGUAUAGUGAAAAUGAAUGAAAUCCAGUAGUUUUUUCCAGGCCUCCUAAUGUCUUUUACUCUUUCUGAAAUCUAAAAAGAGAAACAGUGUGUGCAGUGCUUAGUGUCAAACUACCAUCUGGGAGACAAAGGUUCAAAUCCCACUCAGUCAUGAAGCACACAGGGUGAGACUUGGCCAUCCUCUCAGCCUAACAUAUUGGCUGAAGUUUUGCUGCAUUUCUUUUAUAGGUUUAUUUAUAUGCAUUGCUCUUCUUUCGUACUUUAUACCAUCCUUUAUGCUUUUAAAUUUUCUAAGUCACUUGGAGAUGGUUUAUGUGCGAAUAAUGAAAGGAACAAAUAAUAUCCCAGAGCUGUUGUAAGGAUGAAAUAAAGAGGUGAACCGUCUCCCACCUUGAGCUACUUGGAAGAAAUGCAAGAAUAAAUAACAUUCCAAAUCAG